AUGAUGCAGGAACUGGAAAUAAUGGAAACUAAUCCAAAAUUCACGUCUUCUUCAUCCCACUUCACGCCUGAUCACGUUUUCCUCUAUUUGUACUUCACGCCUUCUAUUUUCCUGUCUUUUGUUUCAUUACAAAAGAUCACCCCAAAUUACUCUGCCUCAAUUCAACUUGUGGAACUUCAUCUUCCAGACACCCCUGAACUUCCUUCUCACCAUCACACCACCAAUGGUCUUCCACCCCAUCUCAAUUCCACCCUGCAAAGAACCCUGAACAGGGCUAAACCUGAUCUAUCCAAUGUCUUAGAAACUAUCAAGCCUGAUUUAGUAAUCUACGAUGUUUUCCAGUCAUGGACUGCCGCAUUGACAGCAACCCAUAACAUUCCAGCAGUAAUAUUUACAAUUGCAAGUGUGACAAAUAUUGCAUACUUCUGCCACUCGUUUGUGAAGCCAGGUCUUGAAUUCCCUUUUCCAGCCAUCUAUCUUUCAGAUUUUGAGGAAGCCAAGGCUCAAAUCGCUGCUGAAGAUGCAAGAGCUAAUGUCAAUGAAAAUGAUCCUGCAUCUGAAAGGCCAAACAGGUUUUGUGACAGCAUCAUGCUCGUAAGGAGCUCGAGAGAAAUUGAUGGAAAAUAUAUGGAUUAUCUCUCUGAUAUUAGGAAUCUGAAGAUUAUGCCUGUAGGUACACUGUUUCCAGAACCUGCAGAUGAUGAUCAGGAUGAUAAGAAUACAGAGCUAAUCCAAUGGCUUGGGACAAAAAGCAAGCAUUCAACUGUUUUCAUCGCAUUCGGGAGUGAGUAUUUCUUGACUAAAGAAGAGAUGGAAGAGAUGGCAUUUGCAUUGGAGCUUAGCGGUGUCAAUUUCAUAUGGGCUGUAAGGUUUCCUCAGGGCCAGAGAAUUAAGCCUGAGAAGGCUCUUCCUGAGGAGUUCUUGGAGAGAACGGGAGAUAGGGGAAGAAUUGUGGAAGGAUGGGCACCACAGGCAAAAAUAUUGGGGCAUCCAAGCAUUGGAGGUUUUAUUAGCCAUUCUGGUUGGAGUUCAAUUCUGGAAAGCAUGGUGCUUGGUGUUCCAAUUAUAAAUAUGCCUAUGCAUUCUGACCAGCCAUUCAAUGCUAGGUUGGUGGUGGAAAUUGGUGCAGGAGUGGAGGUUGUGAGAGAUACAAAUGGGAAAUUUGAUAGAAAAGUGAUAGCAGAAGUAAUAAAAAAUGUGGUGGUGGAGAAAAUGGGGGGAAAUCUGAGAGGGAAAAUAAGGGAAGUGAGUGAAAAAAUAAAAUUGAAGGAAAAUCAAGAGUUUGAUGAGGCUGUGGAUAUGCUCACUGAGCUUGUGAUGAAAAAUAAUCAUCCUUCGAACUAAUUCAACAGCCUUUGUGGAAUUAUGCAAACUGCUUUUUAAAAAUGUUAUAGUUUGUUCAUUUUUCUUGGGGAUGUGGAAAAAGCAUUCCUAGCUUUGUGAAUUGUUACUUUUUU